AUGAUAAUAGUCGUAAGGUCUCUCGUGAGAGCGUUAACUGCUAAGGUACUUGAACAAAUUGCGCGGAAAAUAAAUGAGUAUGGGUUGACUGACGAUUCGGAUGUUGAGGAACCUUUUCAAGACUCCGGUUGCGAGUAUAAUUCAGAAUCGAUAUUUCAUCUGAAAGUGAUCUGGAGCUUCCUGCCCGUCGUACUAUACGUAAACGCAAAAGGAACAACCAAGAGAAAGCUAAAAACGAUUUGCCUGAUGAUGAAAUUCUUAGCGUAG